CAGGCUACUAUAGGUAUUGAUUUUCUGUCAAAGACCAUGUACCUUGAAGAUCGAACAGUUCGAUUGCAGCUCUGGGAUACUGCUGGACAAGAAAGGUUCAGGAGUCUUAUCCCUAGCUACAUCAGGGACUCCUCUGUCGCAGUCAUUGUGUACGAUGUUGCAAGCAGACAAUCAUUCCUGAACACUUCAAAGUGGAUUGAGGAGGUUCGCACUGAACGAGGCAGUGAUGUUAUCAUUGUCGUUGUUGGGAAUAAAACUGACCUAGUAGACAAGAGGCAAGUCUCGAUAGAGGAAGGAGAAGCCAAAGCUCAUGACCUAAAUGUUAUGUUUAUUGAAACCAGUGCCAAGGCCGGCUUCAAUAUAAAGGCACUAUUCAGGAAAAUCGCUGCAGCCUUGCCCGGCAUGGAAACACUAUCUUCAGCAAAGCAAGAAGACAUGGUUGACGUCAAUCUCAAAUCUAGUAAUCCAAAUGCAUCUCAGUCACAACAAACGUCAGGAGGAUGUGCCUGUUGAUGACUUUGAUGGUAAAUGUUGUCGUCUGCCUCAUUUUUCACUCUCGGUGAUCCUAAAAUGCCUGUAAAAUUCUUGUCCUUGAUAGCAUUAACAUUUUUUGGUGUGUUCGGUUGUAAAAGUUAAACUGAGAUAUAGGAGUUCAUUGUUGUAGUUGACUAGUCCUAGCAAUGUCAUCUGUUAUCUCUGUGAUUCUUGAGGACCGUAGUCUUUCAGGUUCUUUAUCUUGGGAAAAUUUCUGUUAAGUACAAUUCUGAUAUAAUGUUGCUAUAUUGUUGAAAAUUUUGAUUUGCAAUUUGUCAAA